AUGGCGGCCAACAACAUGCAGAACCCCGCGGUUGAUCCCGCGCUGGAGGACGAGCUCUUCGCGAAGGAGGUUGAGGAGGUCAAGAAGUGGUGGAGCGAUCCGAGGUGGCGCUACACCAAGCGCCCCUUCACCGCUGAGCAGAUCGUCAACAAGCGUGGCAACCUCAAGAUCGAGUAUGCCAGCAACCAGCAGGCCAAGAAACUGUGGAAGAUCCUCGAGAAGCGCUUUGCGGAGCGUGAUGCUAGCUACACCUACGGCUGCCUUGAGCCCACUGCUGUGACCCAGAUGGCCAAGUACCUCGACACUGUCUACGUGUCUGGCUGGCAGUCGUCUUCCACCGCCUCGUCCACUGACGAGCCUGGCCCCGAUCUUGCUGACUACCCCUAUACCACCGUCCCCAACAAGGUCGGCCACCUUUUCAUGGCUCAGCUCUUCCACGACCGCAAGCAGCGCCAAGAGCGCAUGUCGGUCCCCAAGGAGCAGCGCGCUAAGCUGCCCAAUGUCGACUACCUCCGCCCCAUCAUUGCCGAUGCCGACACUGGCCACGGCGGUCUCACCGCUGUCAUGAAGCUCACCAAGCUCUUCAUCGAGAAGGGCGCCGCCGGCAUCCACAUUGAGGACCAGGCCCCUGGCACCAAGAAGUGCGGCCACAUGGCCGGCAAGGUGCUCGUCCCCAUCCAGGAGCACAUCAACCGCCUGGUUGCCAUCCGUGCCCAGGCCGAUAUCAUGGGCCACGACCUCGUCGUCAUUGCUCGUACCGACGCCGAGGCCGCUACCCUUAUCACUUCCACCAUCGAUCCCCGCGACCACGCCUUCAUCCUCGGCAGCACCAACCCCAACCUGCAGCCCCUGAACGACCUCAUGCUUGCUGCUGAGCGCGCCGGUAAGACUGGCGCUGCCCUGCAGGCUGUUGAGGAUGAGUGGCUUGCCCAGGCCAACCUCAAGCGCUUCGAUGAAGCCGUUCUCGAGGCUAUUGCCAAGGGCGGCUACGCCAACGCUGAGAAGCUCGCUGCCGAGUACAAGGCUGCUGUCCAGGGCAAGCAGAUCUCGAACCGCGAGGCCCGCGCUAUUGCUCGUCGCCUCCUCGGCAAGGACAUCUUCUUCGACUGGGAUGCUCCUCGUACCCGUGAGGGUUACUAUCGUCUCAAGGGCGGCUGCGACUGCUCUAUCAACCGCGCCAUCUCGUACGCCCCGUACUGCGAUGCCAUCUGGAUGGAGAGCAAGCUGCCCGAUUAUGCCCAGGCUGAGGAGUUCGCCAAGGGUGUCCACGCCGUCUGGCCCGAGAUGAAGCUCUGCUACAACCUCUCCCCGUCCUUCAACUGGAAAGCGGCCAUGUCGCCCGCCGACCAGGAGACUUACAUCCGCCGUCUGGCCAAGCUCGGCUACUGCUGGCAGUUCAUCACCCUGGCCGGCCUCCAUACGACCGCCCUCAUCAGCCACCAGUUCGCCAAGGCCUACGCGGCUCGCGGCAUGCGCGCCUACGGCGAGAUGGUCCAGGAGCCCGAGAUGGACCAGGGCGUCGACGUUGUCAAGCAUCAGAAGUGGAGCGGUGCCAACUACGUGGAUGAGCUGCAGAAGAUGGUGACGGGCGGUGUGAGCAGCACUGCUGCCAUGGGUAAGGGUGUGACGGAGGAGCAGUUCCAUUAA